AUGCCACCUCCCAAGCAGCCGGCUGCCAAGAGGCAGCGUCUGACGCUUUCGCAAUUGUCUGCUUACGACGACAUUCUCACCGAUGCCCUGGUUGACCAUGUCUUCUACUGGACGACCGUCCCCAAGAACCGCUCAUCGUACCACCCGUCCCGUGGAGUUCGAGAGGAGGAUAUCGCCAAGAUUCUCCAGGAGGAGGUGGCCUUAAACAAAGACUUGGCCGCCGCCGAGAAGAGGCUGCUGGCCACAGACGGUCUCAGGAGGUUCAGCAACAGCCUGAAGACGGACAAAGAAAAGGAAGACUUCAGGCGACACCUUCGACGCUACAUGCAGAUCUACCUCCCGGAUUGUCCGUGGGAGGUCAAUUCAACCAACCGAUAUACGAUUGUCACCCACGAGGCCUCCGUCACUGCGAGGCGAUCAAUCAAGCGCAACGAGUCGAUCAAGUACCUCUCCGGUAUUCAGGUCGUCAUCACCCCUGAGGAGGAGAAGGAAAUUUCGGUUCGCAAGAAGGAUUUCAGCAUCGUCGUCAGCUCACGCAGCAAGUCCACCAGCUUAUUCAUGGGGCCCGCCCGCUUUGCGAACCACGAUUGCGAUGCGAAUGCCAAACUCAUGACGACGAGCAAUUCAGGAAUUGAAAUCAUCGCCACCCGACCCAUCGAGCCAGGCGACGAAAUCACCGUCACUUAUGGAGAAAACUACUUUGGCGACGACAACUGCGAAUGCCUGUGCAAGACGUGCGAGGAUGGCCUGAGGAACGCGUGGGAGCAGGAGGGUGCAGUAGCGGUCAAGGGAGAUGCUGAGCAAGCCAAGUCCGACGGCUACUCGCUUCGGCGGCGGCGGAGAGAUGACAGUAUGGGUGGCUCACGAACUCCAUCAGUCACUCCCGACAUCCGACCGCGUAUUUUCAAGACGUUUUCGAGGAGCUCAAGGCUCAGCCAGGCCGGGGAUUCUUCCGCGGCUGGCUCUCCUCCACCAAACGAGUCGCCCCGGGGCCGAAAACGCCCGCUUGACGCGCUCGCCACACCGCCCAAAACUCCCGCGAAGAGACUCAAGCAUCUUGUCGUGCCUGUGCCUAUUCCCACUGAGCGCUCUACUUCUCCUGGAAGCUCAGUCAGCGGAAGCGACACUUCCAGCAAUGGAGAUGUUGUCGAGACGGAUGUGACGUCGCCCGAGAAGGAGACGCCUGAGCCCAUGCAAACACCAGUGAAGGCUCCAAUUUCUUCUCUAAGGCGAGAGGAAAGCGACCAAAGCAGAAACGAGCCUGUGACCCAGGUGGCGCCAUUUUCUCCUCAGAGCACAGAGGGUGCAACCUCACCAAGACCAGUCAAGACAAACGAGGUUGGUCCUGGCAGGAUCAGCGCUUCCAGCAGUUUGUCCAGCAUGUCCAUCACGGCCAUUCUGAAUGCCCCAACUCCUUCAGAAGCGGGUGACGAACCUGAGUCCGUGGAACCUGCGUCAGUGGAACCCGAGCCUGCGGAACCCGAGUCUAUGGAACCCGAGCCUGUGCAGCCAGAGCCUGUGCCCAUCGCCACUAGUAUUGAGACGGUUGAGGAUAGCCAAGCUGCAGACGUUGACGAAGAGCCGCAGAAGCGUCGCAAAAAGUACCAACGGCGAGUCUUUAUCAAGCAGACAACUCCCCCCGCCCGAAUGCGGACGCCUGGUGACUACCUCCUUACGCCGCUGCUACUGUCUGAGCCCGAAAUGGCUUGGAUUCAAUGCACAAAUUGCGUCACAUACUUUGUGCAAAAGGACGCCUACUUUACUCGUUCAUCAUGCCCAAGGUGUGAACGACACUCGAAGAUCUACGGAUUUGUGUGGCCGAAGACGGAGAGGGAAGGCCCUCGUGACAAAGAAGAGAGGAUUCUAGACCAUCGAACGAUCCACCGGUUUCUGGACCCCGAUGAUGAACGGAAAGUGAGAGGCCGGAAGGGCUUUGGGACUUCCAAAGAGGAAAUAGAUGAGCCAGAGGAGCUUGAGCGAGGGCGAAAGCUCAACCGAUACACUGCGACGGGUGUCACAAAGAGGAUGGCAAAGGCGAUGGACGAUGAUCUCUCCAACUUUCGCCGGAGCCGAAGAGUGAGGAGGGAGAGCAGCAAGCUAGCUGAUCGGUGA